UGCCGUUAAACAAAAGUGGAUUAUGUGCUUUUGGAGAAUAUUGUGUGUCACCAGUUUAAGUAAACAAACGCUUUGCAACAUUACAUAAAAUUGAAUAAGUUUCUAUAUAAAUAAAGAAAAAAACAGGACAGUGUAAUGAUGCAGCCAUGCACUGAAAAGAUCUUCAUUAAUUUGAACACGCCGUCAGCAUUUAAUUUGCGUCAAAAAAUUUUGGGAGAUCAAAAUGCAAAUUUGCAGUAUAUUGUCAAUGAGACAAAAGCUAGCAUUUCAUUGCGAGGUCGUGGAUCAGGGUUCAUUGAAUCAACAACUGGAUCGGAGUCGUCUGAGCCCAUGCAUCUUUAUCUUGAACAUCCAGUCAUGAAAAGUUUAAUCGAAGCAAAAAAUUUAACAAGGAAUUUACUCGAGACUGUCCAACAAGAACUUCAAGUCUUUCUACAGUCAAACCAAAUAUCUCCACAAAAUGUACCACUUCAGCAACCUCCUCCAAUUAUUCAGAGUACUCAGUCUAUAACGAUACCAUCAGCAAUUUUAUCAGUUCCUCCACCAAAUAUAAUGCAGAAUAAUAAUAUGCAGCCAACGCACAUUUUACAAAACCCCAACUUUAUUCCUCAAUCUCAAAUAAUCCCUCAGCAGAUGCAAAUAAUACAACAAACUCCUUUAAAUAUGCCUCCACCAAAUGGAAUGAAUUUACAGACUAUAAGAACAGCUACUCCAAUAUCUGUACAAUUUCAAGGUCAACCAAACAUACAACUACAACCAACAUCGCAACCUAUCCUUGUCAAUCAAAUUAAUCAAAAUCCUGCUCAACAAUACCAGCUUCAAUAUAUUAAUGCAAAUCCUAUUGGCAAUUCUCAACCCCAAACUUUUCAGCAUUUUAUACAGCCUCAGCAGCAACUUCAAGGAAUUAUCCAACCCAAUACGCAACAGUUUUUUACACUUCAAGGAAAUACUGCUUUCAUGCUUCCACCCCCCAACGUCAAUCACCAAAAUUUGGGAGCAAUGCUUAAUGUGCCCCCAAUUACAAUUAACCAAGAUGAUGUAGCAAAAAAUGAAGCUAAUAAAGGAAAAAAUGAAGAAACGAGAAAUGCAGCAAAUCAACAACAAUUACCAACUUCUUCAAGAACACUUAUUAAUCAGCCUCCUCCGCCUAUUCAGCAAUUUCUAGUAAACUCAAAUCCAUGGCCACAAAAUCAGCAAUUUCAACAAAUGCCAAUUCAAAUUUUAACGCAACCUCAACAAACUAUUAGAAGUGGAAAUGAAAUUCUAAUUCAAAAUACUGUUCCAACGGGUCAAGGUCAGCAGGUCAUAACUGCAUUUACCCCUCAACAAGGUCACCCAAUCCAGCAAAUUCAAUUUUCUAAUCCAAAUAUAAUUUCUCAACCACCUCCAUUGCCACCUCAAAUUCAAUUACAACAUAUUGAUACGCAACAACAAACUCCACAGUCUGCAUUAUCGACAAUUAUACGUCCCAAUCAUUCAGUCAUGAGUUAUCAACAGCAGUUUGAACAGAAAGUUAAUCUAAUGAAUGAAAAUCAACGAAGACCAAUGAAAAGAAAGGGAGAUGAACCAGAAGAAGAUCCAAAUAAAUCAUUUGCAAAAGUAGGAAUGGGCUCGAUGACUAAAAACCGUCCUCCACAACCGAUGCAAGCAAAUCAGCAAUUAAUUACAGUUAACUCAAGCAACAUUAGAAUGAUAACAAAACCAAAUAGUACUAGUGCUGACAAUUUUUCAGUUUUAAAUAGUAAAAAUAACAAUAAUAAACACAUUUUUACUAAGGCCAACAGCACUACUUCAAUUGCAUCAAAAACAAAUGUUUCGCAAGCUGAUUUAAAAGCAGGAAAGUCGACAAUGGAGAAAAAUGAAAAUGACUUUACGGAAGUACCAUCAUCAUCCACAACUGCAUCGUUUCAAAAUUUCGAACUACAACCUCAAUUCAUGCAACCACCUCCGAAUAUUCAAAUCAAUCAACCACGAGGUAUGUCUCCACACAUGAUGAUGUAUCAAACUCAACUUCCACCUCCUCCAAUGCAACAACAGCAAGAUUUUAGUGUUUUCCAGAACAACAGUAACUUUGUGCAGCCAAUAAAUGUGAAUCGAUUUAAUGUCCCACGAAUGAUACUACAAAUGAAUGGAUUAAAUGACAAUACAACAAUGGUUGCAAAUCCAAAUUUCCCUCAACAACCACAACAACAGCAUAGGUUCCGACCGCAAUGGUAAAACAAAUUAUCAUGGAUCUGAAACAGCAGAGAUCAGAAACAGAUGUAAAAGAUGGAAAGAAUAAAACGAAACUUGAACUUUUUUGAAUAUUAAUGUUUUCCGAACUUUAAUUCAGUGGUGUUAUCUGUUAAU